GUCCCUCAUCCAGUCUGGUUCUAUCUGGUCCAAACUGGUUCCAGUUUGUGAGAUCUGCUCUCUUCUGGUUCUAACAGAUCCAACUGGUGUAAAUCGUAUCCAGACUGGUCCUCCUUGUCACUGACUGGUUCCAGCUGGUUCCGGUUGGUGUAAACUGGUUCAAACUGGUUCCAAUACUGAAUGAACCCAGUCAUCAGAACGGAGCCGGGCUUCAUCAGGUUCUAGAUCACAGUUCUGUUUGCUUGGGUCGUUGCAUGCAGAGAUUGGGUUCUGGAUCGACCCGGUUUAGGUUCUGGACCCAGCUGCUGCUCCCUAAUUGGUUCUGAGCAUGAAAACAGCUAGCAUCAGCCAAUCAGAGCAGAUGCAAAGGAACCAAUCCGAAACCAUUAGAGCUAACUAGUGCUGCUAAGCUCCGCCCCUUCGCUCCCCGCCGCCAUAUAUUGCUCCAAAGUUCUGACUGAGUUCUGAUGACCCGGUUCUGAGCGGCCUGAACCCAGAAGCGUGGGCCUGCUGACCCGGUCCGGUCCUGCUGACCUGGUUCUGAGCAGCCUGGCGGCGUGGUUCUGAUAGAUCAUGGUCCGUUUUCUGUGUCGUGGUUCUGGUGCUCCAUGUAGCGUGUGGUUAGCGUGUUGUUAGCAUGUGGUUAGUGUGUGGUUAGCCGUGACGUGUUGUUGCUGUUAGUCUGAGCAUGCUCAGUGACUCACUCUGAUCAUUCUAAUAAUAAACGUAUUGAUACUCUGACUCCGCCCACCAACCGUGUGUCAUGUGACCUCAAUAAAGUGAUGUGGAUCAAACCAUGGCCCUCGGCUCCUUAUUAAAACCGGAUCAGAACCGACAGUUAAUCCGAUUAAAGCUGCAGGAUUUCAUUUCUAUGAAAAUGCUUUUAUACAUUUGCUGAAACUUAUGUCUUGAUCGACCAAUCAGAGACAGGAGGAGGGUGUUGGCGCUGUCACUCAUCCUUGUGUACAUGCUGCUCAGACCCUCCCUACACACUGCAGCCAUUUUGAAUGAAUGCUAAGCUAGUUAGCAUAGCAACUGAUGAAGGCAUAUAAAAUUUCCUGUCAGGGUAAGUUGUUUCUGCUCCAUUGGCACAUUUAGCAGCGCACACGAGGAUGACUGACAGCGCUUAGCCCCUCCUCCUGGCUCUGGUUGGAUCUGUUUCACAACAAACAUAGAGGCAGAUUCACUAACAUGGAAAAAAACAUUUAAUAAAAGUUACUGAAGCUUCAAAAAUCAGCAAGGAAAACAGGCUGGCUGAAUCCUCCAGGUUAUUCCAGGUUAUUCCAGGUUAUUCCAGACUCUGAUGGUUUGAAGAGUUUCCAUCCAAUCCUGAUGUAAUGAAUGGAAACUUCUGGAUCUAAAAGGAAAUUUCACAAGAUUUAUCAAUCAGACCUAGGACCGGUUCUGGAUCCGGUCUGAACUGGUUCAGCUCUGAACCAGUUCCGGGUCUGAUCCAGUUCGAGUUCUGGGUCGGGACUGGGUCAGGUUCUGGCAGCGACCCACCUGCAGCUGGAAGUGAGCUUCCUGUGUUGAGUGCAUUCAGCCAGCAGGGGGAGCUGCUGCGCGAGGAACUGCUGCGACCUCAGAGCAGCGUCAUGGCUGUUGCCAUGGUUACCGGGAGGCUGAGUUUCACAGAAAGAGGAAGAAGAGAAGGAGGAAGGAAGUGAGACGGCUGGUCGACAGAAACCCAGACUGUGAGAGGAUCAGAGCGUCUCAUCCGUCCCCGCUCGGUCCCACCUGUCCCCCCUGGUGUCCACCUGUCCCUCCAGUGUCCACCUGUCCCUCUCGGGGCGCCCGCCAACGAUGUCUUCCCGCUCAGACUCAAAAUCAGCCUCCCAGAUCGUCUUCCUCACCAUGAAGCUGAAGGAUAGGCUCCACCCCCAGCGGAACCGGACCAGAGCCAAGCCUCCGGACCUGGACCUGAGUCAGAACCCGUCGGCCAUCUUGCUGGACCAGGAGCGCGCCGUCCUCAGCUCUCUGCAGUACUUCAAGGCCCUGGUGGACAGACUGGACCUGGACCGACCCGCAGGACACAAACCGGGCCUGGACCGGUCCAUGGUGGGCGGCCUGGUGGGCGGAGCCUCCACCGGCAUCCUGGAGGCCGUCCAGGCGCUGGUGGAGCUGGAGCCGGAUGAGCUGGACAGUAAGACCGUCUCCGCCCGUCUCGCCCGUCUCUACGGCGCUGUUGCUCAGCUGAUCCGUUGGGCCGACCGGGUGAUGCUUCAGGGCGUCUCCCAUGACGACGGUGGGUCUUCGGAGAGCGUUACCACGGUGAUCAGGGGCGUGCUGAACAGCGCCAAGGAGCUCGUCCGAUUGGUCGCAGAGAGACGGGAAGGCUCUGCCCCCUUGUCUCCUGUCCAAUCACAAUCCAGGGUCGUCGAAGACCAGGAGAUGUCCACCAGGACGCCGCCCUGUCCCUCUACUGAGGGACGGGGGGAAGGGACGGAGACAAAGGGGGCGGGGACACAUGCCCCACCCAAACCCCCCAUGCCCGUCCCAGAGCCCCUCCCCCAGGCCACGCCCCCUCAGGAGUCUGCGUUCAGUCCUCCCGCUCUGCCUCCUAAAAGGCGCCAGACGCCGCCGCUCCCUGUCCCUGCCCACUGCAAGGUUGCCAUAGUAACACCAAUAAUCCGGCAGCCUGAGGAAGACCUGCAGGUGGAGGAUGACAGCUGCUGCAAGCGACUCUCUUCUUCCUCUGCAGACUCUGCAGCCAACACCUCACCAAGUGGUAACUACCACACACACACACACACACACACACACUUCCUGCCCACAAAAGGGGUUGUGAGUGACAUCACGUCCUCUCAGCUACCACUUCCUGUGUUUGGGGACUGCUGCCCUCUGCUGGCAGUGACUUCAGCAGGUAGGUAUACAAGAACCGGUGAUAUGGAUUAACUGGUGGCUAAAUUAACUGGUUGAAACCUAUGCACACCGCAGAUGUUUCUAAAUUGUAGGUGGCUGCAUCAAUGCCUGUUGACAAUGCUAACUACAAAACUUUGCUGUAAAUCCCAUUUGACGCAAAUAUGUUUAAUGUUGCAUGUGAAAAAUUAUGUUUCUAAAUAAUUGUCUAUAGAGCAUGCAGUGCGCUUCGUCAACACCUUAUUUGAGCAUAACCAGAUCAAUGAGAAACACGACAAUCCCAUUCACGUUCAAGUUCACCCGAAUAAAUUAAACUCAUGAAUAGCCGCAAUGUAAACCUAAGUGGACAGUUUCUGCUUUUUGUAACCAACACUGAUCAGAAUAACAUGGGGUUGGCUCCCAAGUACCUGCAGUGUGAGCUGCUUGUUAACACUUCUAGCCUAGUGUGUGUUUGGCUCAGAUCCUGUAAUGCAAUCGCGCUGUUUCUGAACUUUUUUAUUUUUUUAGCGACACUACCCAUAGUAAAUGUGGUAAAUGAGGUUGGUGUCAUAAUCUUUAAUAAAAUUAAAAUCACAUACCUGAUGGUGUUGCUUGUGGUAUUUACGUGUCCAAAUAGAGAGGAAUAUCAAGUAAUGUCGAUAAGUUGUACUGCAAUCAAAUCUCAUCUAAAUGAUGUUGACAGCCAGUGCUGCAGCUGGUGGUGAUAUCCAAACGGAUAAUAAUAAUAAACGUUCCUACAUUACUGUCAGAUGCCACCAGCAGACUAUGAGCCAUAUCUGCAGUAUUUGUCCGUGUGUUCUCUACUGGGAAACAGUUUGGAGGCUGUAGACGAUGGAAAAUAAACUUAAAAAAA